AUGUCUGAUAAUAUAAAAAAAGAAAGUGAUAAACGAAUAUCUUAUUUGAGAGAGCGACUUGGCCAUGCUGUGGAGAAAAAUAAAGAAUUGAUUGCAGAUAAAAACAAUGGAAUUUUCAAAACAAAACUACAUUAUAGAACACAUAGUGAUUCCGAUAAUUCUAUAGAUUCAAAGUCAUUCAUACGAGAGCCAAGAGAACUUGAAAAGAGAUAUCCCUUGAAUCAGACAUCUACCGAUAUAGAUGAGAACGAAAUCAAAAAUUCGCCAUCCUUUAGAUAUAGUAGAGAUAGCAACACUAACUCUAAUUUAGAAGAUGUGCUUAAGAAUGACACAAUAUUAUCGACACCUAUCCCGGGCAAAAAUGAUAUUCCCAAGUUGGAAAAGAACCAAAACACUGAAAUAGAGCUUAUGAGUGAAACCCAUAAUACAAAUCGUAAAUUUUUGUCUAACGUAGAUAAUAUUGAAUUGACGCCUCGUUUGAUUAGAAGUUUAACUCCAUUAUCAGGAAUUAACCAAAAAAGGACGCAUCUUGGCGGUAUUAAUAAUAAUGUUAAUACAAAAGACCCCAGAGUUUCUAUGAGUCAGUUAAGUAAUAGCAAGAUUUCCCAAAUAAAAAAAGUUUUAGGCAAUCCUGUGCCACUAAAUUAUCCCAAGCCAAAUUCAAUGACAUAUCAAAGUAUGUCAUUUCAUAAGGACGAAGAUAUCUCACAUCAAGAAUCGUUUCUAAGAGAUAACAAGAGAAAAUUAACGUCAUUUCAAAAGCCUAUCCAAACUAAAUGGGAAAAUAUCUUGAAGCGACAGAGACAAAACGAGCAAAAUCAAGAUAUCUGGGGCAAAAACAAAGGUAUAGAAAUACAUACAUUAAACGAUAUUGAAAAUCUUCCGUUUGGGAAUAACAAAGAAAAAGAUGGAUUAAUAAAAGCUGAUAAUUCUUUAUCAGAGAAUGAUUCUAACAGUUAUGUGAACUUGGUAAAUGGAAGCAGAAGGAGAAUAAGGUCAACCAACAAUCUCUAUAAAUAUGAUGGUCAUAAUGAUGAUCAAUUAUCAAAUAUCUCGAGUCGAAGAGAAAAAAGACAAAGCAUUAUUCAAAUUUCCGGUUUAGAAGAUACCCCAGUAAUACGACGACUUCAAAAUGAAAUGCAAAUUAAUAAAAGAAAGAUAGAUAUUCUUUAUGAAACUCUGCAGCUUCAUGGUGACACAACUAUACCAUCAAAACAACAGCAGGUGGGGGAGGAUUCAAGUGCUUGUAGCACGUGUAAUAUUAAUAAUGUAUCUCAAACGCGGGUACGAUGUAUUUAUUGGACAGUUUUAAUAAUAAUUUUAAUUAUAUCUAAUAUCAUUGUUUUUUUUAUAUGUAAUAUUUAG